GUGGUGCGGAAGAAGCGAAUGAAGCCAAAGCCGGAGCUUAGCGAGGAGUUCAAGCAGUCCGACAGUGUCUACUUCAGAAAGACCGGCAACGAAUCCGUGGUAGGAAGCGGCACAUAUGGCAAGGUGUACAAGGCAAUACAUGUAUACACCGGCGGCAUGGUGGCAUUGAAGAAGAUUCGCAUGGAAGGUGAGCGCGAUGGGUUUCCGGUGACCGCAAUUCGUGAGAUCAAGCUCCUUCAGUCGCUCAACCACAUUAACGUGGUUCCUCUCCUCGAAGUCAUGGUCGAGCGCAACGAUUGUUUCAUGGUCUUUGAGUACUUAUCCCACGACUUGACGGGUCUCCUCAACCACCCCACGUUCGUGCUCACAGCUGCUCACAAGAAGCACCUCGCCAAACAGCUGUUCGAAGCUCUGGACUAUCUGCAUAAGAGAGGUGUCUUGCACCGCGACAUCAAGGCCGCGAACAUCCUGAUAUCGAACACUGGCGAACUCAAGCUUGCCGACUUUGGUCUCGCACGCUUCUACCAGAAGCGACAAAAGCAGGACUACACGAAUCGGGUCAUCACCAUCUGGUAUCGAAGUCCGGAGCUCUUAUUGGGUGAGACUCAGUACGGCCCGGCUGUCGAUAUCUGGAGUGCUGCGUGCGUGCUCGUGGAGAUCUUCACCCGUCACGCCAUAUUCCCUGGCGAUGGAAGUGAAAUAAAUCAGCUGGACAAGAUCUACAAUGUGCUCGGAACACCGUCACGUAGCGAGUGGCCUGGUAUCUCGGAGCUGCAAUGGUAUGAGCUGCUUCGACCAACCCAACGCUUGCCGAACACAUUUGCAGAGAAAUACAAGGAGCGAGUAAGCGCAGAAGCUUUUGAACUUCUGCAGGCCAUGUUCUUGUAUGAUCCUGCGACCCGACCCACAGCAGCCGAUGUGCUCGAGCAUCCUUACUUUACAACGGAAGAGCCAAAGCCUGCUCAGGUGGUGGAGUUGGCUGAACUGGAAGGCGAUUGGCACGAAUUCGAGAGCAAAGCACUCAGGAAGGAGAAGGAGAGAGCCGAGAAGGAAGCACGACGGAAGGAACGCGAGCUUCGGGAUAGUGAGAAGAGGAAGGCAGAAGAUGCUGCGGGUGGAGCUGAUGCGAAGAAGCUGAAGCCUGCUGUUGCGGAGGGACAAGUAUAGAAUGCCGCUCUCGAAGCGAUGAAGCGGCGCUAUGGAUGGAUAGCUCCUGCAGCGUGAUGCUGUCGGGCACGAUAAAGCACUCGUUCGCCAGCCAGGUGUGUAGGCAUCAGACAGGGCCAUAUGGACAAGCUAUAUCAUUG